AUGGAUCAGGCCAGGGUGAAUAUUAUGGACGAGGACGGGGUGAACAGUUUACAUAAGUACAGGGUGAACAGUAUGGACCAGGAAAGGGUGAACAGUAUGGACCAGGACAGGGUGAACAGUGUGGACCAGGUCAGAGUGAACAGUAUGGACCAGGACAUGGUGAACAGUAUGAACCAGGACAGGGUGAACACUAUGGACCAGGAAAGGGUGAACAGUAUGGACAAGGACAGGGUGAACAGUAUGGACCAGGAGAAGGUGAACAGUAUGGACCAAGACAGGGUGAACAGUAUGGAGCAGGACAGGGUGAACAGUGUGCACCAGGACAGAGUGAACAGUAUGGACCAGGACAGGGUGAACAGUAUAUUCCAGGACAGGGUGAUCAGUAUGGAUCACUACAGGUUGAACAGUAUGGACCAGGAUAAGGUGAACAGUAUGGAUCAGGACAGGGUGAACAGUAUACGCCAGGACAGGGUGAAAAGUUUGGACCAGGACAGGGUGAACAGUAUGGAUCAGGACAGGGUGAACAGUAUGGACGAGGACAGGGUGAACAGUUUACAUAAGGACAGGAUGAACAGUAUGGACCAGGAGAGGUUGAACAAUAUGAAACAGGACAGGGUAAACAGUAUACACCAGGACAGGGUGAACAGUAUGAACCAGGACAGGAUAAACAGUAUGGACCAGGACAGGGUGGACAGUAUGGACCAGGACAGGGUGAACAGUAUUGACCAGGACAGGGUGAACAGUAUGAUCCAGGACAGUAUGGAUCAGGACAGGGUGAACAGUAUGGACCAAGACAGGUUGAACAGUAUGGAGGAGGACAGGGUGAACAGUAUAUACCAGGACAGGGUGAACAGUAAAGACAAGGACAGGGUGAACAGUAUGGACCAGGACAGGGUAAACACUACACACCAGGACAGGGUGAACAGUAUGGACCGGGAGAAUGUGAACACUAUUGACCAGGACAGGGUGAACAGUAUGGACCAGGACAGGGUGAGCAGCAUGGACCAGGACAGGGUGAACAGUGUGGACCACGACAGAGUGAACAGUAUGGACCAGGACAGGGUGAACAGUAUGAACCAGGACAGGGUGAACAGUAUGAACCAGGACAGGGUGAACAGUAUUGACCAGGACAGGGUGAACAGUAUCGAACAGGACAGGGUGAACAGUAAACACAAGGACAGGGUGAACAGUGUGGACCAGGACUGGGUAAACAGUAUACACCAGGACAGGGUGAACAGUAUGGACCAGGAGAAGGUGAACAGUAUUGACCAGGACAGGGUGAACAGUAUGGACCAAGACAGGGUAAACAGUAUGGACCAGGAUAGGGUGAACAGUAUGGACCAAGACAGGGUGAACAGUAUGGACCAGCACAGGGUGAACAGAAUGGACCAGGAAAUUGUGAAGAGUAUGGUCCAGGACAGGGUGAACAGUAUGGACCAGGACAGCGUCAACAUUAUGGAACAGGACAGGGUGAACAGUAUGGACCAGGACAGGGUGAACAAUAUGGACCAGGACAGGGUGAACAGUAUGGACCAGAACAGGGUGAACAGUAUGGACCAGGACAGGGUGGACAGUAUGUAA